AUGUUGGAAAUGAGCACCAAUAUCUAUUCGAAUGGUGUAGACGGAGGAUACGAAUCAGCAGCUGGAAGUGUUUCUAACUCUAGAAGAAAUUCCAUUGGGUUCAAAGAAUAUGUCAGAAAUAGACGAUAUACAAUGCUCAGUAGACCGAAUUAUCAAAGUUCAUCAGCGAGUUCAGCCUAUCCGAUCACUCUAACGUCUGAUAAUUCACGAAAAACAAGCAGUACAGAUUCAAAUUUCUGUGAUGUACCAACUGAUUUGGAUGAUGAACCAUCUCCCCGACCAAUGUUCCAGAGACGGAUGAGCGUUCCAGAGAAAGUAUUUCUUAGUGCGGAAUAUGCAAUACUCAGAGCUUCAAAAGAAGCAGACGCUCGCUUCGAGAUCGUUGCCGCUUUUGAUCGCCAUACCGAUCCGUAUCGUCAUUACAUGCAAUCAUUGACAUGCUAUGAUCUUCAACCAAAUCAUUCAGCUUUAGUGAUUAUUGACGGAAACCUGCCGAUUCACAAAGCUUUGACUGCACUUUGCCAAUGUGGCCAUCAAGCGGCUGUUGUAAUGAACACUGAAAGCAGAGAUGGAUUGGGAAUACUGACGAAUACGGAUUGCUUAAGAGCCAUUUAUCUAGCUGCGGAAGGAAUUCAGAAAGUUGCCGACCUUACGGUAGCUCAAUUUCUUAAGAAUAAUAAUAAGAAACAUUUGGUAUAUACAGAUGUGAACACAAGUGUUUGGGAUGCAGCGAGAUUGAUUGUCCUCAACCGAGUUCAUCGCAUUCCUAUAAUAGUUCAGCAUGAAGAUGCUGAUUCGAAACCUUCUUAUCAAGGCGAAAUUUGUUAUACAUUGAGCUUGAGAUCAGUUUUUAUGGAAACAAUACUGAAACUUUCUGAUCCUAAGAUGUCAUUAGGACCCCAUAUUAAGCAGAAGACGUUGUGCGAUCGGAAAGUUGGCACGUGGCGAAAUAUUAUUUUGCUCAAGACUACUUCCACCGUCCUUGAAGCUGUGGAUAAAUUCUUAGAAUGUCAUGUCUCUAACAUUCCCAUCAUUGAUUCCGACGGCAAGCUAGCAGCUGUAUUAUCCAAAAAUGAUAUUAUGGCUGAAUUACCUCGUCAUCCUCAUAAUUACUUGGAAAUUCUGGAUAUGCCACUCUCAGAGAUCAUUCAGCUGAAUCCGGCAACAGCGACAACAACCAUGACCAUAUAUGAAACUAUAGCGUUGAUUGUAAGCCAAGAGAGACAAUCAGUGGUAGUUGUAGAUGUUGAGAAGAAGCCUAUAGCCGUAGUAUCAUGUAGUGAUAUAAUGGAUUACAUACAAAACUGUUCUGAUUUAUGUCACAAAGCAUCAGUUGCUUAA